AUGAAUUUCCUUUUGUGCCACUACACAAUUUCCAAUGAAUACUACAAUGGGGCGUUACCUCCUGAGAAGGGACUGGUGUUCUAUCUUCUUGACAAUGGAGCUAGUUUGGAUAUAAAGGACAAUGCAGGCAAUCUACCAAUCGACUAUGCUAAGGAUCACGUGAUCAAUCAGAUGAUCUUGCUAAGGUCACGUAUAGAGGAUAUUGUAUAUUCAAAAGAUGCACCACCAAACACUAGCAAUCUUUCUGUUGAAGCCAAGUCAUCUAACAACCAAAACGUUGAUUUAAGAGACCAUGAUGUGUCCAUCUUUAUCCCUCCUGGCGCUAUUCUCCAUGAUGACAAGGGCAAGAUCACUCUUACAUUCUUACGAGAGCUACCCGGUAUCGACCUCCACGAAGAUGAAUCAGUUGCUUGUUACGGGAUUAGAUGUGAUCCUCCAAACAUGAUGUUCGUGAAACCUGUUAAGAUCAGGAUACCGCACUCUUCAGUGGUCAUUAAUCCAGAUCAAGUGAAACCAGACAUCGUUUCUCGUGUAUGGGACUCGGUCAAGGAUCUACCAGUAACUUCGCGAAAAAGAACAUCCAACUCAUCGGACGAGCCACCAUACUGCAAAGUGUUCAAGAGACACCUCGAGCUCUACAUCAGACACUGCGCUGACUGGUGGGUUCUGAUUCCUCUAGAACAACAGGUGAUUCGACAGAAACUACUAUGCUCUCCAUACAUCCCAGACAGCAUAGAGAGAGGACAAGAUGUUGACAUUCAUCUUCAUGUUCAUGCCAACCUACCAGGGAUGGAAGAGGAGAUUCAAAGACAGGAGGAAAAACAGUUGUACAGGAAGGCUCAUCCUUCAGUUCCAAUCAACAUUGCGACAAAAUCGAGUGAUGUUAGUGUGGCAUCCUUUCGUGAUGAUGGAAAUGAAAGCAGGAGUGUUCUUCUCUUAAAAGACAUCCAAAGCAAACUGAAACACAUGAUCGUUCUACCUAUGACAUCACGUGAUGAGGAUCAAGAUUUCCCGGUUACUAUCAUGAUAACGCAGAGUGGAAAAAUCGAUAUUUCAAUAUCUCUUGCUUUUGUCAUCAGAUGUUCAGGUGAACUUGUGACCGAGCAUUCAUUACAACCUCCUUCAUUCGCACCGGUAGCUGACGAAAUAUCAAGGAGUGACCUCCAGGAUAUUGAUGUCCAGUCCAUUGCUGACAAGAUGACAGUAAAUCAGUACUAUGAUUUAGGAGUCGCUCUUGGGUUCCGAGUUCAACAGUUAGACGUCAUGGAAUACAACCGAUUCCGAGACAGACAGCAGGCUUUCUAUGACAUGCUAAAAAAAUGGCGACAAACGCAACCCUCUGGUCAAGAAGCAAAGGAAAUCCUGCUGUUACUCAUGAAAUCCUUGGAGUCUUCUACUCAAGACCUAGAAUUAGAUAUCUCCUCUGUUGGUGAAAUCUCGGACAAGUUUCUUGUCGAAUUCUCCCGGAAGAUCAAGGGAAACAAGUUCUUCGUUAUCGGAGAAAGGCUUGGUCUAACCAAAAGAGAGCUUGAACACAUUCAGCAUAAGAGUUUGUUUAAUAGGAGAGAUGCUAACAUUCAAAUGCUUUCCAAGUGGAAAGUAUCCCAAACUUCAGAAGAUGAAGCUGUGAAGACUUUGAAACGUGUUUGGGAAUCUGUCCAGUCUGCUAGAACUGUGAAGAAUGAAGAAGAUGAAGAUGUUUCACAUCAAACAAAGCGAAUUCAUGUGAAAAGGACCAGAUCAGAGGAAACUCAUAGCGAGCCUGAAAUUUUCGAGUCGAUUUUCAAUAUAGGUGUAGAUGACAGUUCAAGUAGAAGCUUUGAGACACAAAACUCAGAGUAUCUUGAGGACCUCCAGCUACAUGGUGGACAACCAGAAGAAGAAGAUAUAAGGAUCAUCGCUCUUCAAGUUACAAGUCUACCGUUGGCACGUGAUCUCGGGAAAGCCCUUCGUAUUGGUGAUGAUAUCAUUGUUGGAUUCAUUGAUCUAUCGAGCCCGUCAGUGAUUCGUAAUGCGACGUUGCAGGUCAUCGAUAGUUGGUUGGGAAAUUUGAAAGAGGAAGAAAGGGAAGAAAAGCUAACUCGGCUUCUGUCAGAGUACAACAUCUUAAAUGCCAAAGCAGGUCGUAAAGAAAUCUCCAAAAUCCCACAAUCCACUGGAGAACUACUGCAGUUGUGUGAGCGAAUAGACGUAAAAGCCUCUAUUCUCCUGGAGAUCAUAAGUGGUGUGGUGACGUUUCCUGCUCACAUCAUCCGCCGUAUUGCCCUGAAGAUGUUAAUAAAAUGGCUAGACCAGGGCGGAACUAGAGAGAGACUUUUGGAAGUUGCUCAGGCUUUUCGUUUUAACGAUGCCGCGCUCAAGAUUGCAGAAGCAAUGGAAUCUAGAUUCCCCCCUUUCAUCUCUCAUGGGAUCAUGGAUCAUAGGGGAGUGAAACUGUUCCUGGACAAACUUGGCAUCACUGUAACUAUCCCUGAAGGAGCCAUACCGAAAGGGAUGAGAUCCGUGGCAACACUUCAAGUUCGAACGCAAGACAGUCCUAGAAUACCUAUACAACAGGGUGAAGUCCUCAUUACUCCUGUCAUCGAGAGCUCUCUCACACAAGAACUGAUAAAGCCAGCCACGGUGGUAGUACAGCUUUGUACCAACCCCAAUGUUCGUAGAGAUGACUCCCCCGCUAUCCUCUACACCAAAAUAGGACCAGCUUUCUUCGGUUGUAGACGCCUGACAAACCCCACAUCCAAAAUCUCAAGAAAUGAGAUCACUUUUCUCACUCGGCAUCUACAAGUGUUUGCCCUGUCGUCAAACAGUCUCCGGGGACUCGAGUUGAGAUGUUUAAUUUUUCAGCCAGUAAUCAUGGAUCCUACACAGAAUCCAACUCUUCGCAUUUACAUACUGCAUCCUUAUAUGCACUAUGUACAGGAUAUAGUGAGAUCAGAGAAGUGUUCGCCUGUCACCUACUGUCAAGUCAUGGAAGAGUUAAAGUUCUAUAUAGAUUCAACAACAAGAGACCUAAGAAUCGUUUGCCGCAUCGGAACUGCAAGGCUCAAAAGAAUGAUACCGAUUAAAGGUAUACUAUGUGGAAAGGUCAACCAUGUAGACUUCGAGCUUCAGUUCACUCCCAAGGAGAAAGGAAAGAAGAAAGUCGAGAUGACCAUUCAGGAAGGGUCAAUAAUAUAUGCAGAAAGCAAGUUCGAAACGUCAAUAGAAGAUGUACCAGAUUAUACACGAGAUCAAAAGGAUUCACAUGGUCAAUUGCAGUGUGUACCUGACAGCAUUCUAAAGAUCCUGGCAGAAGAAAUCCGAUCACCGAAAGAAUUGAAGUCCCUUGCCUACCAGCUUGGAUUCUCUCCAUCAGCUACAAAGAAAUACCUCAACCAACCUGAGUUAUCCAUGGAGAUGCUUCGAAAGUGGAGGCGCCGGGUUCGACCAAGUCAACAGAUUGACGAGCUUCAUCUAGCCUUGAAAAAUGCUGGACUAGGACAGUCAGCAGAAAUCUUCUUACCUGAACUGAUCACAACAUCGAAGGCACACUUUUCACAUACCCGAAAAUUAUGGGAGUCAAAGAAGUAACAGAUAUCCCCCACGAGAAUUAUGCAGAGAGCUGAACGAGAUUGA